CAGUUGCACCUACUAGUACUUGUUGGCAGCCCGACAAGAGCUCAGAGCAGGUUCUCAUAACUCACUCCAAUAUAUACCAUCAUGAUCCCGAUCGCAAGACAUUCGGCCCUUCGCGCCGCCCGCUCGCAACUCGCUCCGCGGGCCUUUAACCAGUCUGCACUCGCCCGCCUUCUCUCCACCUUGGCCGUCCUUGAACAGCGUGAUGGCAAGCUCCAGACCUCAUCGCUCUCUGCGAUUGCAGCUGCGCAGAAGCUAGGAGGGCCCGUCACUGCCUUCGUGGCUGGAAACGGCGUCAAGGGAACCUCGGCUGCGGAGGCAGCUAAGAUUAAGGGUCUGGAUAAGGUAGUGGCCGUGGACAGCGAGGCUUAUGAGAAGGGCCUGGCCGAGAACUACGCUCCUCUUCUCGUUGAGAACAUCAAGAAAGGCGAAUACACCCACAUCAUUGGCGGCCACUCCGCUUUCGGAAAGAGUCUUCUGCCUCGUGUGGCAGCUUUGCUGGAUGUUCAGCAGGUAUCCGAUAUCACCGGAAUUGAGAGCGAGGACACUUUCGUCCGCCCUAUCUACGCUGGAAACGCCAUCCUCACUGUUCAGUCGAGCGACCCCAUCAAGGUCCUCACCGUCAGAGGCACUGCUUUCCAGGGUGUUGAGACCGAGGGUGGCUCCGCGGAGGUCGUUGAGGGAGUUGACCCCAAGGCACCCGCCCAGACCGAGUGGGUUUCUGAGGAACUUGCCAAGUCUGAGCGCCCCGACCUGGGUACCGCAUCCCGUGUUGUGUCCGGUGGCCGUGGCUUGAAGUCGAAGGAGGAAUUCGACCGGGUGAUGGUGCCUUUGGCCGAUACGCUCGGAGCUGCCAUUGGCGCUUCCCGUGCCGCUGUUGACAGUGGCUUCGCUGAUAACAGUCUACAGGUUGGUCAGACGGGCAAGAAUGUUGCGCCUCAGCUGUAUCUCUGCGCUGGUAUCUCCGGUGCUAUCCAGCAUCUUGCUGGUAUGAAGGACAGCAAGGUUAUUGCUGCUAUCAACAAGGACCCCGAUGCUCCCAUCUUCCAGGUUGCGGAUGUCGGCCUUGUCGGCGAUCUUUUCGAGAAAGUACCUGAGUUGACCGAAAAGUUGAAGAGCCAGGCUUAGUUUGGCUUAUCGCUUUUGUUCUUGUAUCAUGA